AUGUCUGAAAAUACGUUAAAUCACAUAUUGAAAUCUAGUUCGGAUGGUGAAUUGCUCGAAUCGGACAAUAACGAUGUGAUUUAUUCUAGUUUAACACUUCGAAAUGAUUUUAGCAAUUACCCAAGUGAAACGAAAUCAAAAUUAAAGCGCACUUUUACAUUACCUCGAAAUCCUUUUCGAUUAAGUACUAGAAAAAAAUGCAAGGUGAAAAUUAACAAUAAAGAAAAUUCAAUAGUGCCCAAAGUUGCUUCCCCAAGUCAAUCUUUAAUCAAUCAAGUUGUACUGAAUUCUCAAAUAAGUCAUUCGAAAACAGGUUUUGAUAAUGAUAAUUCAAAAUUACUUAGGACGCCUUCUAUAAAAAAAGUUUGGAAAAAAGUGAUUAAAAAAGUUAGUAUAAUUGUGAGUAAUAAAACAGUAUGUGCUGAUUUAAAUAGGACAGAUUUAUUUAUAUCAGAUAACGAUUUACGUGUGCCUCCCUUUAAGUUAACAUUCCCUGCUGAUAAAGUGCCAGGUGUAAUUGGAUUAAGAAACCAUGGAAAUACUUGUUUUAUAAAUGCCAUUUUACAAUGUUUAACUCACACAGAUUGUUUAGCUGAAUAUUUUGUUAUGAACCAAUACAAAGCAGAUUUAACAAGGAGAAAUAAAUUGACAUCGAAAAAAUAUGGAACAAAAGGCGAAGUUACAGAACAGUUAGCAUUACUUUUAAAAUCUGUUUGGCACUGUCAGUAUAAUCCAGAUAUAUCUAAUCAAUUUAAAGUAAUAGUGGAUAAAUAUGGAACACAAUAUUGUGGUAAUAAUCAGCAUGAUGCUCAGGAAUUUUUAAUUUGGUUAUUGGAUAAAGUUCACGAAGAUUUAAACACAGCUACAAAGAAGAACUAUAAAGCUAAUAAAAGUUCGUUUGAUCGUCCAGAUGAAGAAGUUGCCAAAGAAACAUUAGCCAAUCACGUUAGGUGCAACAAUAGUUUUGUUCAUGCCGUUUUCCAAGCUCAAUUUAGGAGUUCCCUUACGUGUCUCAAUUGUCAACGUCAAAGCAAUACAUUCGAUCCAUUUCUUUGUGUUUCCGUGCCUAUGCCACACAAUCAAAAACGGCCUAUUUAUGUUACCGUUUUGUAUUUAUCACAGCAGCCCAGACAGGUAAAAUUGGGUUUAUCUCUCAAUGAAAAUUCUACCGUAAGCGAACUACGGGAACAGCUCUCUUCCGAUACCAGUAUACCGGAAUCGUGUAUGCUUUUGACGCAAAUAGAUGAUUUAGGUUUUCAAAGAACCUUUUCAGGUCAGCUUCCAAUAUCGGAAAUAAAAGAAACGGAUCCCGUGUAUUGUAUAGAAACGCCACAGUUGAAAGAUGCUUCCGAAGAAAUGGAAAAAUAUAUAUUGUUAUGUUGGGUCAACGUGUUAACAAUGGACGAUCACAGUUCUAGAUUCGGAAGUCCUUACACCAUGCAAUUGUGUCGUUUAACUUCUUAUAAGGAUAUACAAAAAUUAAUACUAAAGGAAAUGAAUACGAUAUUGCACGAUGAAAUAUUAACAACAGAUCAGGAUAUACCUUUAUUCCGUAUAAAAAUCGUCGACGGAGUUGGUGCGGAGUCCGCAGCAUCCUUUCUGGAUCCCACUGUUGAUCAUCCACUUUACAUGGAAGAAAUAGAUCAAGCUUUAGCUUUACUAGAUGAAGAUUCAGGUCCAAGUCAUCUCAAAUUGGUUUUAGAAUGGGAUUUGGCUGCCAAAGAAAGUACCAUCGCUGAUGAUAGUGAUUUCAUCGAAGAGCAUUCCUCGGUGAAACAAUUACUUUUUCAAUCGGGAACCGGUGAUUCUGCAACAUUGGAAGAAUGUUUUGAUUUAUAUACGAAGGCGGAAGUUUUAGGUGCCGAUGAUAAAUGGCAUUGUCCUUUCUGUAAUAGAAAACAAGAAGUUAUUAAAAAAUUAGGACUUUGGUCUUUACCAGAUAUUUUAGUUAUUCAUUUGAAAAGAUUUCGACAGCAAUCCUGUAAAAAUCGUUCAGCAACUAAAGUGAUGAUGCUCAUAGAUUUUCCUCUCUACGGAUUCGAUAUGAAUGCUCAUUUGGUAGGACCCCAAAGGGAAUCGAAUAAUUCUUUAACUUUGUGGAGUCCGUGGAGAAAACCUAAAAGAACGACAAGUUAUGAUGAUAAUGUUUACGAUUUGUAUGCGAUAUGUAAUCAUCACGGUCAAGAUUUACAAGGAGGACAUUACACUGCUUACUGUCGAAAUCCUUUCGAUUGUCAAUGGUAUUCUUUUGAUGACACAAAAGUUGAACCGGUUCCUGAAACUAAUUUAAUUACGAAUUCAGCGUACAUAUUAUUUUAUCAAAAAAGAGGCCUAAAUAAUCCUCCCACUCAUUCCGUUAGUUCUUCAGCAAGUACAAGUUCGUCGGUUUCUAGCGAACAUUGGGUGUACAGAAUGCCGGCUUUCAAUUAUCCGGAAAAAAAAGUAAAAUCGCAAGACGAUAUAACCCAAGUUAAAAAUAAUAAUAAUAAUUUAAUGAAUGGAAAAAGUGAAACGUAUAAAACGGAAAAGGAUUCGAGUUCAGCAGGACAAAGGGUUAAUAAUAAUAAUAAUAAUUCAACGAAAUCGAUUGUGAAAGAAAAUGAAAAUAAGAAGACAAACGAAGAAGAAGAGGAAAAUGAAUUGUCAAAAAGGGAAAAAGAAUAUCAAGAGUCGGAAAAUGGAAAUUGUUUAAAUAAAUUGUCAACGAAAUCGAAAAACGAAAUUGUUGACGAGAAAAAUGGAAGUGAAACUACAAAUAAUGAAAUCGUGAAAAGGGAUCAGACAAUGGAUAUAUAUAUUGAGUCUCAUUUAACUUCUUCGGAAGAAACACCUUUGUCUUCUUCCCUGGCUGUUUCUAGGGUGUAA